CAAAAUUCAACUCACCCACACACAUUUUUAAUGUUGUUUGUGUAUAGUAUGUACACUUUAUCCCCAACAUCAGCUAUCUGAAAGACACUUUAAACAAACCACUAAAGGUUUCCAUGACUUCUUAUAUGUAACACCAUCAUAAUAAUGUGAUAAACACUGGUGACAUGUUUCGUCGUUUUCGCGCAGGUGAAAUAUCCUGUAAGGACUUUGGUCUCUCGAAAUCUUUUUCCCUGAAAGUCCUGUGGUGUACACUGACGUUCUUGAGGGGAGGUUCAGAUGAGGGAGAGCAGAGUGGGAGCAGUGGGCGUUAGGACCUGGCCGCAGUGCUGGAGAGAUGGACACGCUGAGAUAUUUACACUGAACCCGCGCGCUGACGAAUCCCUCGGACUCACCGUGAGGACCACAACCACGUGGGGAAGUCAGUCCUAUAUAAAUCUCUCUCUCCAACCGGCUGCCUUCAGAUGUGCAUGUGUGUGCUGGCACGGGACCGUUGUUUUCCACCAGAAGGAAUGGGGGAGUGCGUAAACUGAAGAGGAAAUCGCUUUUGCCUGCUCAGUAGUAGUAGUGAGCUCUACAGUAGUUUAUCCCAUCACUCCAUACUCGCAACUUUAGGACGCGUGAGACAGGUACAGCUUUAUUUUCUGCAGCAUCUGUUGGUGCCAAACGCGAGGAGGAGGAGAGGCGAUGCGCCUUGCGGAGUGAGCUGAGGCUUUCCCUGGACCUCCACAUCUUCUCACACGGCGAGGGCGAGUGAUUGUGCGGCGCUUUGGAGAGAGUUCGCGGCGCUCUGAUGCGGUGGAGGUGCGCGCAAAAAGCCCGCAGGCGACGCGUCUGUCAUCAACAGAGCUUCGAGAAGCUGAAACCUUUGAUGACCUGUUUUAGUGCCCCGUGAUUUUGUGCACUGAAGUCAUUUGGAAUGAAGGUCUUAGUUUCUCUACCGAAUAUAACGGAUCUGACAGACCAUUUCGUGUUGGCUCCUCGGAUGGAUUUGCGGGAACAAUAAACAGACGUUUGCCAUUGCUAAUAGUGCGCAAACGCGCAGAAGUUUAAGUUGGCUUUGCCAUCGAGUUGAAAUGAUUGGGCUUCUGCUUCACCUAAUUUACUAAUUAGCAUUUUUAAACUCGCUUCAGCUACAAAAACAAAAGCACAAAAUGAACUUCGUCUUGAGUCUCCUUCUGACCUUGGAUUUAGCCACAGUGGCCGUCAGUCUGUCCACAUGCAGCACUCUGGACAUGGAGCAGUUCAAAAAGAAGCGGAUCGAGGCCAUCCGCGGUCAGAUCCUCAGUAAACUCAAGCUGAGCUGUCCCCCCGAGAUCUACCCCGAGCCCGAGGAGGUGUCCCGGGACAUCAUCGCCAUCUAUAACAGCACGCGAGACCUGCUGCAGGAGAAAGCCAACGAGCGCGCGGCCACCUGCGAGCGACAGCGCAGCGAGGAGGAGUACUACGCCAAAGAAGUGCACAAGAUAGACAUGCAGCCCUUCUACCCUGCCGAGAAUGUCAUCUCUAAUACACAUUACAACCCGUACUUCAGGAGGCUCAGGUUUGACAUGAGCUCCAUGGAGAAGAACGCCUCGAACCUGGUGAAGGCAGAGCUCAGGAUCUUCAGGCUGCAGAACCCAAAGGCCCGUGUGUCUGAGCAGCGCAUCGAGCUUUACCAGAUUUUAGGUCAUAAAGAGCUCACGUCACCCACGCAGCGCUACAUUGACAGCAAGGUGGUGCGCACCCGUACGGAGGGCGAGUGGCUGUCGUUUGACGUGACGGAGGCCGUCAGCGAGUGGCUGCUGCACAGAGACAGAAACAAUGGAUUCAAGAUCAGCCUGCACUGUCCCUGCUGCACAUUUGUGCCGUCAAAUAAUUACAUCAUCCCCAACAAGAGCGAGGAGCUGGAGGCGCGCUUUGCAGGUAUAGAUGACAGCUUUGUGCACAUAGGGGAUCUGAAGAUGUUUAAAAAGCGGCGUCAGAGCGGUCAGUCUCCACACCUGCUGCUGAUGCUGCUUCCUUCAUACCGACUGGAGUCGCAGCACAAGAGCCACAGACAGAAACGUGCUCUGGAUGCAGCCUUCUGCUCCAGGAAUGUGCAGGACAACUGCUGUUUACGCUCUCUCUACAUCGACUUCAAGAAGGAUCUGGGCUGGAAGUGGAUCCACGAACCCAAAGGCUAUAAUGCCAACUUCUGUGCGGGAGCCUGUCCGUAUCUGUGGAGCGCAGACACCCAGCACAGCAACAUCCUCGGCCUCUAUAACACUAUUAAUCCAGAAGCGUCCGCAUCUCCUUGCUGUGUGUCUCAGGAUCUGGAACCCCUCACAAUCCUUUACUACAUUGGAAAAACCCCUAAAAUCGAGCAGCUCUCCAACAUGAUUGUCAAGUCCUGCAAGUGCAGCUAGGAACGAUCAACUCCGUUUCCGAGAACACGCAUUCAAACAAACAAACAUACAGUAAUUUAAAACCCAAUCACACACAUGCUGCACAGAGCAAUUCCUACAAACUCUCAAAAACCAAGAUGACAGGUAAAAACACACAUCUGAAUGUGUGAAUGUGUGCUGGAAACGGCCCUGUCGACAUGUGUCACAUCACCCGCUCCUCACUCUAUGGAUGUGAGUUUGGCAAACACUGGAAGUACGUGAUAGGUGUUUAUAUGUGAAGCAAGCGGAAGAGAAAAUCCCUUGUUCAAUUUAUAUCAAACAAACACUUCUGUUUUUUGUUUUGUUUUGUUUUUUUGUCUUUUUUGUUGUUGAUUUUGUUUCCCUCAAUAAUAUGGAUAUUGUUUGUUUGGUAAUAUAUAAAACCCAUUAUAUUGUUCACCAGUACUGGUGAAGAGCUGGAAACUUCUGGCAAACCGUUGCCACAAACUGUACAGUUGUCGCAAAUGAACUUCGAGUUUGGUGCAAAUAAAACAUUUGCAACAGAAAAACACAACAGAAAGAUGAAAUAUUACAAAAAGGUUAAUGCAAAGCUCAGAAAUACAUAGUUUAGCCACCUUACAUGGUGUAAACAAAAAGGCAAGACCAACAAGUCACGAUGUUCCAAGCAGCCAAAGACGUUUUGUUACAUUGCAAACAGAAACAUUCUCUACACACUGUGGAGACGAAUGCUGAAAAAGGCAAAACCAUUGCAUUCUUGUAUCUUUGUAGAUGAAAAAAUAUAUAGUUUCCAUCAAAUGUCUGUGCCAUUAAGCCAAAUGUUUAAUUAUGCUGGAUAUAAACAUGGAGACAUUGUUCAUCAAGAUUCUCUUCAAACAGUCGCUCUGCUAUGACAGGAAUUGAUCUGAAAGAGAAAAGUGACCAUAGAAGACGUUUGAGCUAGUGUGCGAUCUGAAAAAGCAACAUGUACUUGUGAUGUUAGUUGUGUUUCAGAACUUAACAGCAUGUGAAACUGAGCUGGCAAAACAAGAAGAAGUGUUUAUGAUUAUGUACGUAUAUGUGGAAGUGUGAUAAAUGCCUUAUUCUGAAGUUAAAAAAUGUAUGUCUAGCUAGCUCUUACUUCAUUCUUGACACAAAUCAUUUGUAAACACAAUUACUAGCAAAACAAAAUGGUGAAAUGGUGCCUACUAGUUUCUUUAGGAUGGGCAGAAGACUUUUUAUUUUAAGGUGAUGUUGUUACAGUGUAAUUAUACAAGUUUGUUCUAAGUAAUAUUAUUUAAGUACAUGUACUUAUUGUAGGGUUAUAUACAUGCAACUACAUCACCUUAAAAUAGUGUUCACACAGUUUGCAUGGUUUGAGAACAGUCCACAAAAUAAAUCAGCUGACAGCAGCCACAAAUUUGCAUAAAAAGCAGGCGUUUCUGAAAAGAAUGACUGUGACUUUUAAGUACUCACUUCUCAGAGCUAUACCAGAGCAUGUCGUGCCUGGCUGAACUGGAAUAUGAGUGAUUAGUAAAUAACAUGAUAGUACUUGUGCUGAAAUACAGCAUGUAUAAGUGAAUUCAACUCAAGGUCCCUUAUUAGAGCAGGUGAAGCUGUGAUGUCACCAGUGUUGAAAGGAAGUGAUGUCAUCAGACUAGAAUAUAGACUGAGGCGAUGGCAGGUCAUAUGCAAUAGGUAUGUUUACAUGCACUAAACUAAAAUGAAUCCAGUCUGAAUCGAGUUCUGUUUACAUGAGCCCUAAAUGUUGAUUCUGGUUUGCAUAUGUGCAUAACAAUAAUCCAAAGAAAACUUUAGCGCACAUGCAGCUCCCAGUCGCCACAUUCAUGACAUAUAAAUAAAUAUUGUCUCCACCACUCCAGAUCAUGAGACAGAACAUAUCAAUUAACAUAACACACAUUUGUAUGAUAUAAGGCCUAUCCCCGAUGCAUAUGAUUAGCUACUAUUUUUGCAUAUUUUUGAAUCUGAUUGAGAAAAUAGUCAGAUUUUACAUGCUUAUUUUUUCCUGUUUAUUAAGGUAUAAGGUGUGUAGACCAGAAAUAAUCCAAUUUACAAGAAAACAAUUAAGCAUGUAAAGCAAUAUGAUUGAAAUCUCAUUCAGAUUGAGCUCAGUCUAAUCAUCUGCAUGAAGGCUUUUCAGUCUGAUUGAGGCACCAAUCCAAUUAUAAGCAGAUUAUUUGGGUGCAUGUGAUAUGAGAAGAGUAUGUUGCUUUAGUAAAGUCAGAGAUUUUGAUGAAAGGAUUUGAAGAAUGUGAACAGACGUAUGAUGGACGUUUAAGUGAGAGACGUAACCCCAGUUCAUUCUUUUGAACGUGUUGUGCAGAGACCUGCUUGACGAAUGCACUGCCGCAGACGCUGACAUCCAUAACGCUUAUCAUGGAGAAAUGGUUCAACACAUCUCAAAGUGUCUUCCUGAAUUUGUGAUUUUGUUUUCUCUCAGAGAAAGUGAUCCUUUGUUACGAAGAAUUGCACUGACUAUUUUAUUUCUACAUUUUUUUUUUUAUUUGUAACUUUUGUUUGUUGGUUUUAAUUUGUAGUUCUAGCUUCACACAGAUGAUGUGAGUGGCUUCCAGGUGGAGGUUCCCCUUUUUGACUAGUCCUUAUCUUAACCAGUGUUAGAGAGAAACUGGUAGCAGAUCAGAUGAAAAGAGCAACAUCCUUUCAUGCCGAAGAUUUUUAGGUGACACUUAUUCUAUUUGAAUGCCAGUGGACUUCCUGCAGAUACAGGAAGUGGAAGGAUACACCAGCAUUGUCACACUAGAGCUGUUUAUUGUUAUUAUUGUCUAUGAUGAUGAUGAUGUUGAUAUUGUUGACCCACUAUGAUGUAUUGUAACACAUUACUGUUGUGGUGCUCUAGUGGUAAAUAAAUUAUUUAAGUGACAAGA